CCGGCCUUCUUAUUCCACUCCCUCCUCCUGCCUUUAAAGAACGUGUCUGCCUCUGCUGAGGACGAGUCUGACCACAGCUUGUACAGCUCGGCUCUCCAGCUCUGCUGUCAUGUGUGGAGCAGAUCCAUGCGGUGAGAUGUUUAGCCAUGUCACAUGGUCAUUUGCGCUAUAGUGUACAGCAACAGUUCACAGCCAACAUCCAUUUUCGGAGGGGAAAGAUGGAAUGAUGGGUCCUGCCAGUAUACUAAUGGACAGGCCCGAAAUGUUACAGAUGUGUAUUACUGUUACUUAAACACCAGCUGUUUCAAGGCAAUGUUUUUCUGUUAUUGUGCUGGCUUCGAUUCCGCCUUGUCCCAGUACAGACUAUUUUUAUUUCUCUCAAUUUAAAUGUUUCAUUAGCCGCUUUUUGGGCAGGUGUCAAAGCUGCGUUUUUUUUAUCCAGAGUUAACAAUGUGUGAGGCCUUGUUGUUCUUUAAUGGUGAAUGCUUUUCAUUCACAGCCAGGGUGAGUUCAGCUGUUCAGCCUAAAUGAUUGGCCCCAAAAUAGACAUCCCUCAGAGAUGGUAGUUUCUAACAGUGGUGCUGGUUAUUUUUAUUGCACAGAGGGUCUUGCUGUGCUUCAAACUCUUGAGUUAUGAGUCGUUCACCCAGCUGUGGAGGAAGACCCCAUUGCAGGCGCCCAGCUUUUGUUUGAGUCCACUGUACUGGUGGUCAGGCCAUUAGUUUACAGCAGAUUUGGCAUAGCAGGGAUUGAGCAGGUCUCUUCUUCUUAUUGGUGUCCUUUAGUAGUGGUUUCUUUGAGCAAAUUUGACCAUGAAGGCCUGAUUCACACAGUCCCCUCUGAAAAGUUGAUGUUGAGAUGUGUCUGUGACUUGAACUCUGUUAAGCAUUUAUUUGGGCUGCAAUUUCUGAGGCUGGUAACUCUAGUGAACUUAUUUUCUGCAGCAGAGGUAACUCUGGGUCUUCCAUUCCUAUGGUGGUCCUCAUGAGAGCCAGUUUCAUCAUAGCGCUUGAUGGUUUUUGCGACUGCACUUGAAGAAACUUUCAAAGUUCUUGAAAUGUUCCGUAUUGACUGACCUUCAUGUCUUAAAGUAACGAUGGACUGUCGUUUCUCUUUGUUUAUUUGAGCUGUUCUUGCCAUAAUAUGGACUUGGUCUUUUACCAAAUAGGGCUAUCUUCUGUAUACCCCCCUACCUUGUCACAACACAACUGAUUUGCUCAAACGCGUUAAGAAGGAAAGAAAUUCCACAAAUUAACUUUUAAGAAGGCACACCUGUUAAUUGAAAUGCAUUCCAGGUGACUACCUCAUGAAGCUGGUUGAGCGAAUGCCAAGAGUGUGCAAAGCUGUCAUCAAGUCAAGGCAAAGGGUGGCUAUUUGAAGAAUCUUAAAUCUAAAAUAUAUUUUGAUUUGUUUAACACUUCUUUGGUUACUAUAUGAUUCCUUAUGUGUUAUUUCAUAGUUUUGAUGUCUUCGCUAUUAUUCUACAAUGUAAAAAAUAGAAAAACCCUUGAAAGAGUAGAUGUGUCCAAACUUUUGAAUGGUAGUGUAAAUGUAGUUAUAACUAUCCUUCCCGCUAUAUUUAGAGUUGCCCUGCCUUAAAGUGAUUAUUGCCUGACAGUUUGAUUAGGCUAUGUUUCUGAAACUGUCACUUGGGUUGAUUGACAUCUUGGAUUUGAUUGGAGCGGUCUGCUGAGCUUUGAGGUACUAUUUAUUUCUGAGCAGGCUGCCCUUACAAAAAAAAGAUUGCAGUUUUGAAACUGCGGUAGAAGUGCAGUAACUGCAGUCGACUGUGGUAUUUUAGACACUUUAUACUGGACUCUAACUGCAGUUAUACUGAAGCGUACUGCAGUGAUACUGCACUCUGACUGCAAUGCACUCUGACAGAAAUCUUUUUUCGUAAGGGUGGGAUGUUGGCGAGUACAGCUCCUCUCCAUCACCCUCUCUCCCUCUCGGGCGUGCUUAUCUUGGGCUGGCGGUCGCUCAUGGCUCCUGGUAUUCUUCUCGUCGUGUGACGCUCCGACCGCAAGGAAAUUCUGCUGCGUGAUAUUCUUUUCAGGAUGACAUGUCACCUGCUGCCGUAAAUUGCUCUUUCCUGGCAAGCCCCAACCCACAAGAGUAAUUACUAACAGAGAGAAAUACUGUCUGGCAGGUUCCUCCUCUCAUUUCUCAUGUGAGAGACGUGUAUUUCACCCAGACUGACUGGUCUUCUACUACAUCUUCUAAAACCGUCUCAUAGGCUGCAUAUACAAUCACUCUUGUUUACUAAUAUGUAUGGCAGUGAAGGGUUUGCGAAUGACAACGAUGAAUUUAAACAAGUUAUUGGCAAAGUAACUAAUCCGAUCCAUGUAUGGUAAUUGUUAAAACAUACAGGGGCACAGGCAUGUACAUAUUGUUCCUGACUUCUAUGAGCAGUGUGCUGCCUGUGUUAAGAUUUGGGUACUGGCUUGGCACCUAUUGGAAUGUUAGGUGUAUAACAUUUUCCUUAUACUUUCUUUGGUUUCCACACCAUUGCAGUAUCCAAUCUUUCUCAACUUUAUCCCAUUUCCUAUAAUUUAGUAAUAUCUUUUAGAUAGACUGUAAUGAGAAAAUGAUUCUGGUGGUUUUCAUGGUAGCUAUAAUGCCGUAGUCCUCCCGACCACAAUCGUUGGUAUAGACUUACAUGCCAUUUGUCACCAGAAAUUGGUUCAAGGAUGUCUGUCCUAUGCGGGGGGAACUAAUCUUCAGUCUGAGACUCUAUUAGCAGGAUGGAUGCUGGAGAGACACAGGGCCUCUAACUGUCCCUGGCGCGAUGCACUAGACUGUGAAAUCAGCCUUUCUGAAAACCUGCCCCAGCCACACACGAUCAGUAACGUUAGAUGUCAGUGUGUUGACCAGCCGAUGGAAUGAGGCGCCACAACACUCCCAAUAAAAACAGCCCCCGACACACAGACACACACACACAGGGAUAUGUCUUACUAUAUUUGCGAGGACCAACAAUUGAUUCCCAUUCAAAAUCCUAUUUAACCUAACUCCUAACGCUAAUUCUAAACCUAACCACCAACCCCUAAUCCUAAUUAUAACCAUAACCUUAACCCCACAUUUUUUGUUGGUUUACCAUUCUUGUGAGGAGUUCUGGUACUCACAAGUAUAGUAAAACGUGUACGCACACACACAAACACCGGCGUAGCAUGGACGGGGUAUAUGGUGGAUGGAGACGGUGAUCUGACGACGCCAGACCAAACCAGGUUAGGCCAGGUCAGCUAGUGCCUCAGUGGAAACAGACACAUCAGAGGCCAGAGGAGAACUAGGUAAUACUGGACUGUGCUGCUCCUGCUACUGCUGGCCUUUCUGGCUCACUAUCUGCCUGGAGUCUGAAGGCUGCCUGGAGGCCUCGUCUGCCAGACACCUUUUGGAUGCUAAUUGGCUCAGCAGAGGUUUCAAUGGAACAUGUUAGCACAAGACCUGGGUUCAAAUAGCAUUUGAAAUAAUCUUUCCAAUACUUAAGCCGUGCUUGAUUGAGCUCUCCUGGCGGAAUGGGACCAAUGAAAUAGUCCUGAGAGUGCAAACCCCACCCAUAUGGCAUAUUCCAGGCAGGCUCAAGCAAACACUCAACUUAUUUCAAAUAUUUCAAAUACUAUUUGAACCCAGGUCUGGUAAGCACUACAUUUUACAUUUACAUUUACAUUUUAGUCAUUUAGCAGACACUCUUAUCCAGAGCGACUUAUAGUGUCACGUUCGUUCAAUGACGGGUCAGACCAAGGCGCAGCGUGAUAUGCGUACAUGUUUAUUUAAACUGAAUAAACACACGACAAAACAAUAAACAAACGAAACGUGAAGUCCAAGGUAGCACACACAACUCAAUAGUGCCAAUAGGCUGCCUAAGUAUGGUCCCCAAUCAGAGACAACGAGCGACAGCUGCCUCUGAUUGGGAACCACACCGGCCAACAUAGUACUAAACAUACUAGAUCCCACAUAGAAAAUACUACAUAACAAAGAAUAUACACACCCUGACUCAACAUAUACGAGUCGCCUGAGUCAGGGCGUGACACAUAGUUAGUGAGUGCAUACAUUUUUCAUACUGGCCCCCCGUGGGAAUCGAACCCACAACCCUGGCGUUGCAAGCGCCAUGCUCUACCAACUGAGCUACAGGAGGCCAACUGAGCUACACUAGCACUCUGAUGCAGCGUUCUCCUCACAUACACAGGCAUUCCAGAAGGAUUAGGACACCAGACACCAUAUAAGGUUGUCAGAAUAAAGACCACAGUGGAGAUGGAUCUAUUUGAAGAGAAAUGCAACCGAGAUGAUCACACUCCUCUGUUCUUACCAGGAAGUCAGCUGCAUUGUUUGGGGCUGUUAAUAACACUUAAUUACAACAACAUUGACCAAUUUGACCGACUGCUUAUUUUGUCCCAUCCAAAUGGCUUCCCACUCUUGGAGGUGGUUACUGUAAGCACAGCUCAAGUCUGGUAUGUGGUUAUUUUUAACAUGCACUGUGUGCUAUAAUAUCAACACUGGAAGUGCGUUCCAUGAACAAUUACAGAGGAGACUGCCAUUAUAAUGAAUUUAAGAAAUUAAUUAAUUAACUCUCUGGCAACAAGAUAACUAUAGCAUUUUAAUAGCUUGAGCUAUCAAUUGAUAGUUAACCCUUGAUAAUCUAUGGUUCUGUAAUGAAAAUAUUUCACAAAGGCUGAAUCUUUAUUAACAUGUUGUUCUACCAUCUUUUUCUUGUUAAUUUAGUCUUCUAACCUCUCUUGACCACUUGUGUGCAAAGAACAGAGGAAGAUUGUUAAGGGAUUUUGGAUUGCUUUGUGUGAGUUUUAAUUACAUUCUCUCCAUGUCUCUACUACAAAAUUCGGAUUGAACGCAAUUUGUAAAGCUUGCCUAAUAGGCCUACAUAGAAGCACAGCAUAGUGUGUUCUGUUGAGGUCAGUAGGGGUUAUUUGAGGUGUUCACCAAGCUAUCAGUCUCACUCUGAUGAUCACACUUUGUGCUGGCAUGCCUAUGUGCAGCCACACGUGUUCACAGAACUUCACACACAAUAUCCACCCCUGGUUUUUAACAGUCAUGAGUCUCCCUCCAAGGCAUUGUCGGAUCCAGAGGAGAUUCAUAAAAUAGCCCCUUUUUGUGGGAGCCGCAGUUAGCCCAGUAGUGUGUGUCUAUUGUAUGCCUGCAGUGCUAAAGACACUUCAUAAUGGCGCCACAGGCCCCAGCAUUGCCACUGAAUAGCCCCCACUCUGCUGUGUCAUUAUUUGUCAGCCCCCCAACCUCUAUCCCUUAUGAGGUUCUGCUGGGCCUGUAAUUAACAUUAGUCAUUCAGCGGCAGACUUCCCGUAAGUCCUUUCCAAUUUAUGGACAGUCAAGAUAAGAAAAAAUAUGUGCUCUUCCCUGUGAGCUCUCAAGUGAAGAGGACCCAUUUUUUUAUACAACUGUCAGCCUUAGCUGUGCACCCCCCCCCCCCCCCCCCCCCCCCUGAGGUUUUCUGGACACAGACAGUUAAGGAGUUUCCUCUAGCAGACAUCCACAUCCACCAGGACUCGUCAGACAGAGACAGACCUCUCAAGAGCCCCUUGGUGAUGCGCCUUAUUGCUCACAGGCCAUCUGCCCAAUGUUCUCGGAGAUGUAAACUCUGGCUUGGCUUUGAUUAUGCCUGAGAUUUCUCCUCUCGUACUUUACACAAACCUCUGAUGUAGCACUUGGCCUUGAGGGCCGAGACUAAUUGAGACCCAGAGUACACCAUUUCUUGGCUUCACAUCGAUGUGCAGAGAUGUUAUCAGGGUUCGGAUGCAGUCGCAGCGCCUCUGACUGAAGUAGAGGUGGUUUUACCGGUGUUGAGGAAGGAAGGUGUCACGCAAAUUAUAUCCUAUCUCAAGGUCCUAAGUUGUUUAUUUUUGCUUAUCGUUAAAGCUCCAAUUAGACGUUUUGUGGAUGUGUAAUUAGCACCCUGAUACAUGGAGAAUGGCAUUGUGUUUCAGGUGAUUGGCAGUUAGCGGUGGCCUAGCCAUACCAUUUUCUAUUGUCUUUGGACUGAGGAGUAGCAUUCAUUUUGUUGUUGUGGUCAGAAGUAAUCCCCAGCUGUCCCCCUCUCCAGCCAGUGUUGUUGGUCUGUAGCUGAAGGCCAUGUUCAUUCAUUAUAAGGCAGAGUUUGCAGCACAGCCCAUCUGGAGCCACUUUGGGGAUGUAGCCGGCGGAUAAAGACGGCACUCUCGUAUAACCGACGUACCAUAAAUACGUGGUUAUUUGUUUGUCUUUCACUCUUUAUUACAUCCGUGUGGUUGUGUUGUUAUUACAUCCGUGUGGUUGUGUUGUUAUUACAUCCGUGUGGUUGUGUUGUUAUUACAUCCGUGUGGUUGUGUUGUUAUUACAUCCGUGUGGUUGUGUUGUUAUCACAUCCGUGUGGUUGUGUUGUUUCGUUUUUUACAAGCAAACGAGUCCUCCAUUAAAGGGGUACUUCGGGAUUUUGGAACUUCCCCACAGUCAGAUGAACUUGUGGAUACUAUUUUUAUGUCUGUGUCCAGUAUAAAGGAAGUUAGAGGUAGUUUUGUGAGCCAAUGCUAACUAGCGUUAGCGCAAUGACUGGAAGUCUAAGCGUAUUUACUAACAUGCUAGCAGAUACCCUUGGACUUCCAGUCAUUGUACUAACGCUAGUUAGCAACUUCCUUCAAACUGCACGCAGAGACAUAAAAAUGGUAUCUACGAGUUCAUCUGACUCUGGGGAAGUAGAUAAAGGGCCUUGUUGCCAAAAUCCUUAAGUAUCCCUUUAAGUCCCUUGGAAUCUUUCCCUGGACCUUGGUUUAGGUGGUUGAGGAGAAAAUUGCUCUUGUUGUGUAUGACAUCGGCUUUAGUAUUGUUGAUGCAAGUUAUUACUGUGAGCUAAAGCAGGCACGUUGCACUGAGGAGGAACACUUUGUCUCAGUCCAGUGUGCCUCUGGGUUUGUGUAACAGUCUGUUAACAUGUAAUGAGUUGUUUAAAGGCUGGCUGCAGACCUCCAUUCCCAGUUUGAUUAUUUUGCUAGCUAAAUAGAUUGAUGGAAUUCAGCUCUUUGGCAGCCUAGGCAGGUUGUCUUGCUCUGUUUGGCACCACCAUUGUGGGAAUUCAACUAGCAGUUGGAUGGAUGGACGUUAGCCUUUUUUGCUAAAUUGCCCUGUGCACUUACACAGUACAUCUGCAUUCACUAACACCUGCACUCAGGCCAUGCUUAAAAUCCAUCAUUCUGACUUUUGUUGGAUGUUUUGAUUCUGGUAAUUAACUCAAUGCAAUUUUGAGUCUUGAGUGAAGUGGAAAUGUAUCAGAUAUUGCUUAGGUCAUCGAGCCGAUUAAGUGUUGUCGUAAUUUAAACUGAAGUGUGAUGCAGGAUUUGGAUGGGGUAUUUAAUCCAACAGCAAUUUUUUAAUUAGUACGCAAUGUCUGCUAAUUCAGCUGUGCUGGAGUCCGACGUUAGAGAAAGUAGUCGUUUUAUUUUCCCCAUUUGUUUGAGCUCCGUAAAAACCCUUUCAUGUCUUCCUCCACAUUAUUGUUGAUCGUUUUCACUAUUGGCUACCGAGUCCCAAGUCCUUGUGUUAUUUUCACCCAAGGUUUUAGAAUAACAGCUACAGUUUAUGUUAUUGGCACCGAAUGGUUUUACACAGAUCACAUGGAAUGAGUGUUAAAGCCUGAACCCAGACAGGCCUCAUGUUUUAAACUGGUUUGACAGGCUCGGAACCCACAGCCAUGGCAGGAUAAACCUAACAAUAAAGCACAGGUUCUUCAUUCUCAAGUGUUAUAGUGCAUUCUUCAUGAUGGACUUCUGAAUCCUGAAGUCCAUUUUGAUAAUCGUCUACAUCACGUGUCGAACUCAUUCCACGGAGGGCUCUGUGUCUGUAGGUUUUUUCUCCUCCCUUGUACUUGAUGGAUGAAUUAAGGUCACUAAUUAGUAAAGAAAUCCCCUCACCUGGUUGUCCAUGUCUUAAUUGAAAGGAAAAAACUAAAACACGCAGACACUAGGCGCUCCAUGGAAUGAGUUUGACACCCCUGGUCUAUGUCAGCAGGAAGAUGCUUUUCCAUUCAUUUUUUUCAUUAACCCUGUGUGUAUCAAGGUAUUAAAUGAAGGUGAGAGUGGUCUACUGCUUCUUCAGCUGUCAUCUCACUUAGAAGCAGCUAAGGAGUUUCACCAAGGGUUCCAGUGAGAAGCAAUGAAAAUGAACUAGCAGAGCCAAUAUGCUCCAAAUCUGGUGAUAUUAAGGGGUUCCUCCAAGCAUGUGCAUCAGGGUCUGUCUCUGUCUGUCACAGACAAUGAAUUAACUGUCUUUCUCACUCCUCCAAAUGAGGCGUGUGGACUCCCCUUUCCAUUGCCCACACGAACAACACCACGUCGUGGGCUGUGUCACUUUUUCCGAGCUCAUUUCACAUGUCAAUUAGGCACUUUUCCAAAUGGAAUAUAGUUAUCACGUUGAUGUUUUUGCAGUGUCAGAAGAAAUCAAGGCACCUAUUAGAAUUUGAAACAGGGUUGUUUAAACAUGGCUGGCUACGGGGAGAGCGUAGUAACCCUUUUUUUCCAUUCUUCCAGAGGUGGAGAAAUGUAUUCUCUGCUAAUGCUGCGUGUCCCUGUCAAAGUCGCUGCCAGUCAAAAUGGGCUGCACUUCAUAAACUGCCCACCGGGCCAGUAGUAAUAAUAAUAAUAAUAUGCCAUUUAGCAGACGCUUUUAUCCAAAGCGACUUACAGUCAUGCGUGCAUACAUUUUUGUGUAUGGGUGGUCCCGGGGAUCGAACCCACUACCUUGGCGUUACAAGCGCCGUGCUCUACCAGUUGAGCUACAGAGGACCACUAGGAUUUUUUUUUUACUACUGUUGAUUCCAAACAACUUGCUUUUUAGUUCCAUCACCUUACAUUAGCUGUGGUCCAACGUCAGCCCUUAAAUGGUUUGUCUGGACCAGUGCAGCUUUUUUCUUCUUGUUAUCCCAAGAGGCCUGCAUUCCAUCCACCGAUGCUAACAUUGAGUGGCUGGUUAGCUAUUGCACUUUGUGUUGCAUCAUUUUCAUCAAUGAUACUGUAAUAUGUACUGUAUUGUAUAACAUAUUUAGAGAGUAUGUGGUGGUGGGAAUUCACGAAAUGGCAAGAUGCAUGAUCUUUUCCAGAGACAACAUCGCCCACUGUGUAGGCUUACUUCUUAGGUUGGUUUCCCUGCAUCGUUACUCAUGGUAGGAGACCUUCACCAGGUGCACCAAGUCAGGGCGAGGAUAUUUCAACGUGAACAUGACUUACUCUGACGCUGACUGUGAAAGACAUCACAGCGUGUCAAAGAGCGCAAGGCCCUGCUGGGAGUGUUUCCAGGGCCUCCAGGUUUCCUGAUGAAAUAGUGCAGUCGGGCUGCUAUAAACCUCCCCAGUGACAGGGUAGGAGGAGCUGGAGUGACUGCUGCUUCCCCAAGACAUAAACCACGACCGCAUGCAUGUCAGACCAGACCAGACCAGACCAGCCCUCCCAGGACAUUGUAGACGGGGGAGACAUGGCAGGUUCCCAAUGCUUUCAGCAGGAUCUGCCGCAAAGUCCAAAGAUUUUCCCAAAUGAGGGAAAAAAGAAAGCACUUUUUUAAUGUUUGUCUGAAAGAAAGUAUGUUUGGCCUGGGCAGCUCGUGCCCACGUGUUUGUGUUUUCGACUCGUCUCCGCUGUUCUGUUGUUGUAAGCGACUAUGAUUUAGGCUAAUGCGCUUGUCUCCGGUCAGGAUGUGGCGUUGAAUGGACACUCAUCAUUGUCCACCUUCUGAGGUUUUAAUGAGGGGGCUAAAAUAAAACAGCAGAGUAAACUUCAGAGGCAUGAAGAAUAGGAGAUCCGUGGCAAUCAAAUGCCAAGGUCGACUUCCCAGAAUUAAUAGCUGCUCUGUGAGACAUGACAGUUUCUUCAGUCAAGCAAGUAUUGAGCUCAAUGUGCAACACAUUUUAGUACGGAAUCCAUAUUACUUGUGUUACAUAAGUUGUAUUUUCUCAUUAGAACUCCUAGUCAUUGUUAUUUGUUGAACUCCGAAGUUCACUCAUUGGAACGUAUUUUUCCUAUUAACUUAUCUUCUCUCUCCCUCCAAGGCAUACAACAUAUGUGCAACGAUAAUAAUUGCUCACAUCAAUCUUGCCAGAGGUUCUUAGCAGGCAAUCCUUCAUAGGCUUUAUAGUAACAUUAUCUCACAGUCCCACAUCAUGGUUCCACACAAAUGUCAGGAUGUCAUCAUGUAUUGGCUUGGGAAGCCAGACUCGCUGUUAUGAAACAUACUAACAAUGAGAGGGUGUAAGAUAGUGGAAAAAAAAAAGCUACGAGAUCCACGUUUUCCCAGAACCGUCCAUGUCCCUCAAUAGUGUGUGGCAACACGGGCCGAAAAAACCUGUAAUGAAAUAACUAAAUUAAGGGAUUUGGCCUUGAAGGACAUUAUUUAGAACAUAUUUUUGUAGCAUUUUACAGUAUUAUGUAACAUCUGCAGAGUGUUAUUAAUUGAUUUUGAUCAAGUCUCUCAUCCAAUUGAAUACAGUCUGGAUACAAACUAUUUUUGUGUUCACUGUUUGCUUAAGCCCUACUCAAGAGACCAACAGCAAAUCUUCUCUCCCUGUGUGUAUGACUGUAAACAAACCAAUCAUUUUACAGGCAUGGCACGUUCUUUGGACUGCUUUUGUUUAGUUGAUUAAUACCAUCUACUGUAUUUCUAUAAGGCUAUUGGAAUGUUGUAUGGCCAUUACCUUGUGCUCAAAACACCUCUGCACAUUAUGUGGAUGGCGGGUUGUUGCAUUCUGUGCCUACAUGCUGUAAGUCAGUGUGGCGUGGACCCUGUUGUUUAUGUGUGUGUGUGUGUGUGUGUGUGUGUGUGUGUGUGUGUCAUACUGUCUCUUCAAUGUAUUGUUUGCCAAACAGGUUUUACUCUUGUUGGGAGUAAAAUGUCCUCCUCGCCAUACACAAAUCCUUCAUUUAGAAGUGGACGGUUUGCCUUGUCAGAAGUAAAUUGAUGUUUAAACUAAAGGAACUGUGCCUUAAUCUGUACUUUCAGGUGGUAUUUCGCCACGUAAAUUACUUCCACAGGUACAUCUUGGCUUGUCAAUGCUAUAGAUUCUCAGUCUGGAUGAAUGUCAAUGCAACCUCACGUGCGCUCGCUGGUUUGACACAUGCUGCACAAACCAAGCCUAGUAUUUUAAAUCUUCCAAAUACGCUGAGCAUUUGGUUGAGCCUACCUGGAAUGCCAGACAGGGAGGGUUUGCAUUUUGGGAUGAUUCCAUUGGAAUAGCCUCUCACAUAUCCGUUGAAUACCGUGCAGGGAUGUGCUGCUUUUUGCUGAUACAUCAGGAAUUCCUACUUUUCUGCCAUCAUCCUCUAUUCAUACUCAGUGAAACUUUCUAUGUUGUCCUGAUCAUUUUACUGAUGUGAUAUUCCCUGAUUCAUCAGGAGUAUCUGCUUCUCUGCCAUCAUCCUCUUUUCAUGAACAUUUACCCUACCCCCACACUGACCUCCUAUCUUUACGGAUCUACAGUGCCUUCGAAAAAUAUUCAGGCCCCUUCCCCUUUUCCACAUUUUGUUACGUUACAGCCUUAUUCUAUAAUGGAUUAAAUUCUUUUUUCCCCUCAUCAAUCUACACAGAAUACCCCAUAAUGACAAAGUGAAAACAGGUUUUUAGAAAUGUUUGUACAUUUAUUACAAAUAAAAAACUGAAAUACCUUAUUUACAUAAGUAUUCAGACCCUUUGCUAUGAGACUCAGAAUGUAGCUCAAGUGCUCCUGUUUCCAUUGAUCAUCCUUGAGAUGUUUCUACAACUUGAUUGGAGUCCAACUGUGGUAAAUUCAAUUGAUUGGACACCUGUCUAUAUAAGGUCCCGCCGUUGACAGUGCAUCUCAGAGCAAAAACCAAGCCAUGAGGUCGAAGGAAUUGUCCGGAGAGCUCCGAGACAGGAUUGCGUCGAGGCACAGAUCUGGGGAAGGGUACCAAAACAUUUCUGCAGCAUUGAAGGUCCCCAAGAACACAGUGGCCUCCAUCAUUCUUAAAUGGAAGAAGUUUGGAACCACCAAGACUCUUCCUAGAGCUGGCCGCCCGGCCAAACUGAGCAAUUGGGGGAGAAGGGCCUUGGUCAAGGAGGUGACCAAGAACCCGAUGGUCACUCUGACAGAGCUCCAGAGUUCCUCUGUGGAGAUGGGAGAACCUUCCAGAAGGACAACCAUCUCUGCAGCAUUGCACCAAUCAGGCCUUUAUGGUAGAGUGGCCAGAUGGAAGCCACCCCUCAGUAAAAGGCAUAUGACAAAAGGCACCUAAAGGACUCUCAGACCAUGGACCAUGUGGUCCUCUGUAGCUCAGCUGGUAGAGCACGGCGCUUGUAACGCCAAGGUAGUGGGUUCGAUCCCCGGGACCACCCAUACACCCCAAAAAAAAUUAUGCACGCAUGACUGUAAGUCGCUUUGGAUAAAAGCGUCUGCUAAAUGGCAUAUUAUAUUAUUAUUAUAUUAUUAUGAGUAACAAGAUUCUCUGGUCUGAUGAAACCAAGAUUGAACUCUUUGGCCGGAAUGCCAAGCGUCACGUCUGGAGGAAACUUGGCACCAUCGCUAUGGUGAAGCAUGGUGGUGGCAGCAUCAUACUGUGGGGAUGUUUUUCAACGGCAGGGACUGGGAGACUAGUCAGGAUUGAGGGAAAGAUGAACGGAGCAAAGUACAGCGAGAUCCUUGAUGAAAACCCGCUCCAGAGCACUCAGGACCUCUGACUGGGGCGAAGGAUCACCUUCCAACAGGACAACGACCCUAAGCACACAGCCAAGACAACGCAGGAGUGGCUUCGGGACAAGUCUCUGAAUGUCCUUGAGUGGCCCAGCCAGAGCCCGGACUUGAACCCGAUCGAACAUCUCUGGAGUGACCUGAAAAUAGCUGUGCAGCGACGCUCCCCAUCCAACCUGACAGAGCUUGAGAGGAUCUGCAGAGAAGAAUGGAAGAAACUCCCCAAAUAUUGGUGUGCAAGCUUGUAGCGUCAUACCCAAGAAGAGGCUGUAAUCGCUGCCAAAGGUGCUUCAACAAAGAACUGAGUAAAGGGUCUGAAUACUAAUAAUGUAAAUGUGAUAUUUUGAUUUGCUAAAAUUUCUAAAAACCUGUUUUUGCUUUGUCAUUAUGGGGUUUUGUGUAUAGAUUGAUGAAGAAAAAAAACGAUUUAAUCCAUGUCAGAAUAAGGCUGUAACGUAAGAAAAUGUGGAAAAAGUCAAGGGGUUUGAAUACUUUCCGAAUGCCCUAUAUCUUUACUGAUUUUCUAUACAGUAUGUUUUCCUGAUCACAUCCCUGAUGUGUGUGUGUGUUGUCUGUCACUUGCAGGUGGCUUGACGUGAGCGUUGCUAACCUGACCUGUACCCAGUACUGGGUGAUCUACCUGCGGGUGCUGCAGGAUGCGGUGUGGCCGGGGGGCAGCCUACCAGCCCUGCCCCGCCCGGAGCGCAGCCACCAACAGAAGGAGGACACCAAGCAGCAGUCCCUGCACUGCCUCAUGAAACUACUGCCAGGUAAGGGAUCACUAAUAAUGAAGAGGCAGGCUCGUGUUCAUUAGGCACCAAAUUGGAGGAAAAUGGACUGAAACCAGAGGGAUUAUGGACUUGUUCAAUAAUAAAUGCUCAUUUUUGUUUUUCCGUUCCAAUUAUUAUUAUUUAAUUGUAUUUUUGUAAUGAACUUUACUAAUCAACGUGACCCAGGACUUUAUCCUGUCCUUGUGACCUGACCAUGAAAAAGGAACUAGGUUAUAACUUUGGUCUGGAGUCCAGUACAGCACAUGAUCAGGAAAAACUCCUGGCCCAUACACACUAAUUCCUAUCGAGCUCUGCAAACAUACAAUUCAUUUGUAUUACAGUAGUAUAUAUAUAUAUAUAUAUAUUUUUUUUUUAAAUUUCUAUUUGCCAUAUAUUUUUUAUUGUCCUGUUUCACAAAAGUUCUGAACCUAUACAUUUUACAGACACAGAAUAUUUUACAUUUGUUAUCUUGUUGUUAUUAGUCCCACCCCUCAGCUCCAUUCAACUCCUCCCAUCUAUCUCUUAACAUCAUCCAUAUUGGAUUUAUAUUUGCCAUAUAUUUUUCAACUGCGCUGUGAUGCUUCACAAAAGUUCUGAACCUUCCUAUUCUCAUAGUUUCUACAGAUUGUAAAUUAAAUAUAUAUAUUUUUGCUAAAAGUACUAUUAUAUUAUUGGUCGAUUGACUAUGACUUUUCAAAUCACCAAUUAUUGCUAUCUGCAGCGUUAGCUCCAGGUAAAUGUUGCAAUUCUUCAUCCAUUCUUGGACAUGUGACCAAAAACAAGCUACAUAUGGACAGUACCAAAAUAAAUGAUCUAAUGACUGUCUCUUCGCAGCAAAAUCUGCAGAACUGGGAAUGUUGUAUCCCCCAUAUAUAUAUAACAUUCUAUUGGUUGCAAGAAUUUUGUAUAAUAAUUUUAAUUGAAAAAUUCAAGGUUUUGAAUCAGGCGUCGUUUUGCGUAUCAGUUCAUAAACCAUGUGCCAUGGAAUCGGUACAUCGAAAUUCUCUUCCCAACUAUUUUGCAAUCUACAUGGCACAGCUGUCAAUUUUUUGGAACUUAAAUUAAACUGGUAAAUUUGUUUAUUUAUCACAAUUUUCUUUAACCAAUUUUGGUCUUUAAUUCAGGGCCGACAGACAAGUUUCUUACUUUUUCCCCCUUCCACUUGCCUCUUCCAUUUUUGCGGUAAUGCUGCAAUUAGUUAGUUGUAAUUUGGGGUAGAGCAGACAUUUCCAUAUAUUUUUGUUAGCUGCAUGUGUGACAACACCACCAGUCCUAUUUAUGAUAUCAUUUACAAAGAUUAUACUUUUUUUUUUUUUUAUCAAUUUGUAUAUUUGAGUUUAACCACUAUUUGUUGUAUUAUUUGUUCUGUCUUUUAUGGUGGAUUAAACUAAAAUUGCAAACAACUUUCUAUGGCUUGUUUUAAAAAUAAGAAUAUUUUGGAGAUUAUUUCGUUUUCAAAUAACCGAAAGUGAGAGGUUUUAAUCUAAAUAAAGGGUAAAAGGACAUUUCUUUCGGGAUAUGUAUACCGAGUAUGUCCACAUCCCCGUCAGACCAUUUUAUUGGUAAACUACACUGUAAUGUAAAAGUUGUAUUUUUUUGUGAUCCAAUACGUAAUAUAGUACACAUCAUAAUUUGAGAAACGCUCAUUUUUGUUUUUCCGUUGCAAUUAUUUUUUUAAAUUUUUUUAUGAACUUUACUAAUAAACAUGACCCAGGAGUUUAUCCUGACCUUGUGACCUGACCAUGAAAAAGGAACUAGGUUAUAACUUUGGUCUGGAGUCCAGUACAGCACAUGAUCAGGAAAAACUCCUGGCCCAUACACACUCAUUCCUAUCGAGCUCUGCAAACAUACAAUUCAUUUGUAUUACAGUAGUAUUAUUGCUUAUGUGCAAUACAAUGGCAUUUAAUGUAAAUUCAAUCAUGUAAACUAACUAUUGAUAUUUAUAAGAAGCCAUUUCAGGGACUGCUGGUCUUACUAUAUCCAACUAGCUAUGUUUUUAGUUUUUCCCUGUGGAGUCCUGUGCGGCCUCACGGUCCUAUAUUUGUACUCUUCUGUGUUUACAGAUCUGCUCUCAGAUAUGCUGGGCUCUGACAAAUACCAACUAAGCUGGCAGACUGCACUGGAAUCUCUGCAGGACCCUUACAUAAACAGGUGACCACACACACACACACACACACACACACACACACACACACACACACACACACACACACACACACACACACACAAAACAAAGUAAUGUACACUACGUCACUUGCCUGUCUGUAUGGCCGUGAUUUAAAGAGCCUGACAUCAUGGUCUUGCAAUAGAUUAUGAAGGAACAUGACAUGAGGUAUUGAUAAAGGGUUCUAAAGCUAAGUGAUGAGCUGGUUGUGAAUCAGUGGGCAUCAGCCAAGCUUUAUAGCGUGUUCCAUAUGAUAUACCUCUUUCCAGACACGUUUCCAGUGGGUCAAGCUGAUGAUUUAUACAUUGCCAGCCCUUUGUUCUUAAGAUACAUCAGUUUUGAUUAUAGUGGCAUGUAUCACAAUUCAUCUUCUUAUUGAAAUGUUCAAAUAAGGUGUGUGUGCGCAAGGUACAGUAUAAUAUAUUUACGACUCAACUAAGUCCCUGUAGUGUUUGAAACAUGCUGUUAGAAUUAAGAGAGUUGUUUCAUGAAUUUACAUCACUGGAACGAAGAACACAGCCAUUUGUAAGGAUUCCAUUGCUGAAGUAAUUUGGCUCGUUGAACCUUGUAGGAGCUUAGGUUUUGGCCCUUAUGGUCCUCUUGGCCUGUAUGCUUUCGCCAAAAUCAUGCCUUGAUGUAAAUGGGGGAAAUUGCAACAGAAUUGCAGAAAUAUUAGGUUGUGAUUUGGCCCAUUGUAAAACUCGCUAGCCACAAAUGACGACGUUUUCAACAUUUUAAACAAACUUAAAAUAUCCACCUGUAACUUGCCAGAAUGAAAUGGUGUAUACUUUUGGAGAGAGGAAAUGUUGGACAGCAGAUUUCUGGAAGACCCCUGACCUUUUAACCUGUGACUCUUACCCGGUACAGACACCUGGUCUACUGUAUCUGGGACCUUCUCCUCGAGUUCCUCGUCCCCGAAACAUCUGAGGAGGACUUUCAGAAAACCCUGCUGCAA